AUGACUGGGAACCUCACAAAAAGAUUAUCCCAGCUACAGCAGAGGGAGAAGUUCAGCAUUAAGAAAUUGUAUCUUAUGAUGAUGCCACAAUACCCACGAGUUCCUUGGAAAUACAUGGUACUUCAACCUCAGCUACACCCCAAAUUUAAGUUCAUCCUUUGGCGUGCUGCAAACAAGAGACUAGCUAUUGUAGAUAGGUUGAUGAAAUUUGGUGUGCAAGUGCCUCAGACUUGUGUGUUUUGUGGUUUGGCUGAUGAAAUGUUUGAGCACUUGUUCUUUGACUGUCCUUAUGUCAAGACUCUGUGGACUAGGAUGCUAGCUUGGUUAGGACAACAUAGGCUUGUUGGAACCUGGGCAUCUGAGCUGAUUUCGAUUAAUACAGCAACUAGAAGGAAAUCUGGUUACUGGGCAAUUGUCAACUACACAUUUGGCAUGUUGAUAUAUCUGGAUGUAAAAGAAGAAUGUUCAUCUUUCAUGGCCACUGAAGAACUCAACGACAUGUACAGAUCAUUAGCUACAAAGACUGUUAUGAACAAAUUGGGCAUGAAGACUGCCAGUUCACCAGUCACCACAUCUGUGGAGCUCUCAUGGUUCUUUUAUUAG